CGGCCUUUCCCUCGCGCCCGUUGUCCGGUCGUUGGUACAAGCCAUCACACCAUGGCGGGCUCUCUCGAGCGGGGUCAGUGUCGGGAGAGGAUGGGUAAAGUGCUUAGACGAAUCGAGCAUGACGAGUUAUCCUCAGGACUCGAAAGCAUGGCCGAGGAAGGGGCCCUGAAAAACUAUAAAAGGCGAGAACUUGAGGUGGUUUGAAUGACCUCUUCCUUCUUCCUUCCUUAUCACCUUCUCAGGACAUCCUACUCAAGCCAUACUCGUAAAACAUUACCUUCUCAACUUCCAAUAUCAUACCCAACUUCUCUCACCAAUACCUCGUUCACAACCUAGCACCCACCAGUCCAAGACCAUACCUUGCCAUUACCCCAUACCAAACACCCCCACAACCCACCACACACCAUGUCGACACACUACACCCACUCCUACUCCUACUCCAUCCCCAUGCCCAUCUCCUCCAAGGGCCAGGACUACGACUACCACAACACCUACUCCGUCUCGCCCCCUGAAGCCGACGAGUCCGUCAGCUCUGGCACCGGUCACUCCUACAGCCAGCCCAGUGGCUACUCUGUCGCCAACUCGAGCUACGCCGGCAGCAACAGCGGCGACUUUGACACCGUUCACUCUGCCUCGGGCGUCGACUUCAACGAGUACAUGCAGGAUCGCUUCGCGCAGUCCUUUGACCCGAUUCCUCUUGACCGCAACAUUGCCAUCCAGGCACAGACAUCUGGAAAGCUCAAUGCAAAGCACCGCGAGCUCCUCGACCUGCAGGCCAAGGCGCAGGCUCGCCUGGCAAAGACGCGUGAGCGCUUCAACGAGGGCUACCGCGACGCCCAGGACGUGCGCAACGACCUUGAGUGGACGCAGAAGAAAGUUUCGUCUCUUAAGUCCAAGGCAUCACGAAAGCACACCAAGGAGUACAGCAAGGCGCGCGCGAGGUAUCCUUCGCCCGACGCUUACUAG